GAUGUAAAAAGACUUUUUCGAAUAAAACACGAAAACUAAGAAAUAAUGUUGCUCACCAAAAGAGUGUCUCCUUCCCUUAGCUUUGGGCGAAUUAUUGAGUGCGCUUCCAAAUUUGCUGCUUCUCCCUCUCUCAAUCUUCACUCUGCAAGCUCAAUGGUGAAUGUAGAGAAAAUGGGUGGAAGUGAUGAGCAUAUUACUCGAGUUCUAUUUUGUGGGCAACAAUUUGUUGAUUCUUAUAAUUAUACCAAAGAGUAUUUGAGUAAUUAUCCUCAUAUUCAGGUUGAUGAUAUCCCUCUAAGUGAUGUGCCCAAUGUUAUUGGCAACUACCACAUGUGCAUACCGAGGAUGAUGCGUAUAGAUUCAGAUAUUAUUUCUCGUGCAAAACAAAUGAAGCUCAUAUUACAGUUUGGUGUUGGCUUAGAGGGUGUUGAUGCAGAUGCAGCCACAAAACAUGGAAUUAAAGUUGCUAGAAUUCCCGCAGAUGGCACUGGAAAUGCUGCUUCUUGUGCAGAGAUGGCAAUAUAUCUGAUGUUGGGCCUUUUACGAAAACAAAAGGAGAUGGAGAUUUCAAUAAAGCUGAAAAAACUUGGCGAGCCUGCUGGUGGAACAUUAUUUGGGAAAACUGUGUUAAUUUUGGGUCUUGGGAAUAUAGGGCAAGAAUUGGCAAAGCGGUUGAGACCAUUUGAUGUUAAGAUCCUUGCGACAAAACGUAGUUGGUCCUCUCUUCAAUUAAAUGGUUCUUCAGCCCAUAAUGAUUGUGUUACUGAUUUAGUUGAUGAGAAGGGUAGCCAUGAUGAUAUAUACAAGUAUGCAGGAAUGGCAGACAUAGUUGUUUGUUGCCUAAAUAUGAACCGUGAGACGGCUGGUAUCAUAAACCAUUCAUUCAUGCAGUCCAUGAAAAAGGGGGCCUAUCUGGUAAAUGUUGCACGUGGAGGUCUCCUAGAUUAUGAUGCUGUUGCACAAAGUCUCAAGUCUGGCCAUUUAGGAGGCUUGGGUAUCGAUGUUGCUUGGACUGAGCCAUUCGAUCCCAGCGAUCCAAUUUUGCAGCUUCCAAAUGUUCUAAUCACACCUCAUGUUGCUGGGGUUACAGAAUAUUCCUAUAGAUCCAUGGCAAAGGUGGUUGGCGAUACUGCUCUUCAACUUCACACUGGGAGCACAACAGCUACAGGAAUACAAUAUGUGAACUGAUAAGGCUCAUCAUCGAGUAACAGGUAUAACCUCCCGGCACCCCCUCACUUGAUCAAUUGUAAGGUGAGGAGGAAGAGCAAGGAAAAUGCUAAUAUUCCUCGUUUAGUGUUUCACUCGAUUCCAGUUGUAGAAUUGCUUGCCCUGUAGUGAUUUUUUGUGUAUUGGUUGGGGUGGUGGUUUUUUUUUGGGGUUGAGAUUGAGGUAGGGGGGGGGGGGUGUUGAGGAGUUUGCUUCAUAUUUUUGUCUUGUUAGUAUUAUUGGAUUCUCCCAUUACUUUGUAUUGUGACCAACCUAUGAUGUUAAACACAUUAUGCACCUCCAUUGGUGUAAUCUUAUUAAUGGAUACUUGUUCCUGCAUAGUGCAAUAA